UCGAAUCGAGAGGUGAAGAUUGUUUUCGUUUCAUGUAUGUGCAACAUAUUUUUUCUUAGUCAGAGGAAAUUUUCAAAAUGACUGCACAAAGUCCAGACAAGAAAGACGAUGAGAAUACACAAGAGGAAGAGGAGGCAGAAAGAGCUGAGUUAGAAAUGUAUAUAAAAGAAUUUCAUGAGAGACUGAUUUCAAAGCAAGAACUUCGUGCUGCCAAUCAAAAUGCACACAAUAUUAGACCCCCUGAAUCUUAUUUCAGUAAACUUGAUUCCAAUGUCAAGAAAAAUACAUCGUUUGUAAAAAAAAUUAAAAACUUCACUGCCAAUCAACUGGAUACCUAUAUCAAAGAUAUGUCCGGAUUGAACCUAUCAAAAUAUAUAUCAGAAGUAGCAGCUGGACUUGUGGAUGCUAAAUUAAAGAUGACUGAUGUGUAUGCUGUUGUGAAACUAUGUAGUUUGUUGAAUCAGAAAUAUGGAGAUUUUUCUCAGUUGCUUUUUGAAAAUUGGCAAAAGAAUCUAUCCAUCAAACCGGGAGAAAAAAUUGUUAAUCCUAGUAAAUUGAGAGUUGACGUAAGGCUGUACGCGGAUUUAGUGCAAGCUGGGAUUUUCAACAACAAAAAUGCUUUCACUCUUUUGGGUAAUGUUUUGACAACUCUUAUUAAUAUGGAUAAAGAAGAACAUAGCAAUAUAUCUAUAAUACUUAGUUUCUGUAAACAUUGUGGGGAAGACUAUGCAGGUUUGGUACCAAGAAAAAUGCGGCUACUAGAAGAAAAAUUCAAAAUAACAAUUCCUCGUAGUACUUUUCUACCUCCUGAAAAGCAACAAAAUGUUAAAUCCUUACUUAGGGAUUAUUUCAUAAGUUUGAGUAAACAUCUAGUGAAAGACCAUCAAGAAAUAAUGAAUUUUGAGAAGCAAAACACAAGAAUACUACAGACCAAGGGAGAAUUGAGUGUAGAGAGGAAGGAAAAGUUAUUGAACAUGCAGAUGGCUUUCGAAAAGCUUCUUAAUAGCGCCAAGAGCUUCGCUGAAGUUCUGGACGAAAACAUGCCGUCUUUGAAGGCCCAAACCCCGGUGCAAAGUCAGGAGAACAUGAUUGUGACUGGAUCCGGCCCAGACAUCGACGACAGUUCUCAGUCUUUCAUUGAAAAGAUUUGGGUCGACUCAGAGACGCAAAAAUUUUACUGUCAACUUCCUGAGUUACAAGCAUUUCUCCCAUCGUCUUUUAUCAAUAAGUGUAAUACUGUUGCUCCCCAGGAUGUUGUCACUGAAGAGGUAUUAGAUUCUGAAUUACCUGCGGAAACUGAAGAAUGCGAGGAAGAUGGUAAAAUCGAGGAAGCUGUUCUUGUUCCUGAAGAUGAUAUAGAAGAAACGACUGUCAGCACAGCUAGCAACAAGAUCGUUCUCGAGGCCUUUCUGAACAAUCUGCACAAUUGCGUCAAUCGAGAAAUGAUAGACAAUGCUGCGAUAGAUUUUCUCGUUACGCUGAACAGCAAACACAACCGUAAAAAGUUGGUGAGAGCUCUGUUUGUCGUGAACCGAACGCGUUUAGAUCUUUUACCGUUCUAUGCAAGAUUCGUGGCCAUCCUGCAUCCAGCCGUGCCAGAGGUGGGGAACGAACUGUGCCAGAUGUUGAGACAAGAUUUCAAGUAUCAUGUUCGUAAAAAGGAUCAAAUCAAUAUAGAGUCGAAAAUCAAGGUGGUGAGAUUCAUUGGGGAACUGGUGAAAUUUCAGCUUUAUCCCAAGAUAGAAGCUCUCUAUUGCCUAAAGAUACUCCUCCACGAUUUCUCCCAUCACCACAUCGAGAUGGCUUGUAAUUUCUUGGAAGUUUGCGGGAGAUUUCUCUACUGCAGCCCGGAUUCGCACCAGAGGACCAAAGUCUAUUUGGAGCAGAUGAUGAGGAAAAAAUCCGUGCUUACCCUGGACUCUCGUUACGUUACACAGAUAGAAAACGCCUAUUAUUACGUUAAUCCGCCGGAAGUUGUGACUGUCGCGAAAAAGGAGAGGCCAGUCAUGCACCAGUUCAUCAGGAAGCUCUUAUAUCAGGAUCUACAAAAGAAUAACAUCGACAAAGUGAUGAGACUCAUGAGGAGGUUGAAUUGGAACGAUGAGGUCAUUUCGGCUUACGCCAUUAAGUGUCUGACCAACGCUUACAAUCUCAAAUAUUAUAACAUAAGAUGCCUGGCUAAUCUUUUGGCUGGCCUCGUAUCAUAUCAAGAAGAAAUUGGCACAAGAGUGGUCGAUGGAGUGUUGGAAGAUAUCAGGUUAGGUAUGGAGAAGAAUCUGGCCAAGUAUAAUCAAAGACGAGUAGCUCAAGUGAAAUAUCUAGGAGAAUUGUAUAAUUAUCGAAUGGUUGAAAGCGCGGAUGUGUUCAAGGUCUUUUAUUCCUUGAUAACAUUUGGGGUUUCUUUAGAUCCUCUAGUUACCUCACCGUUGGAUCCGCCCAAUCAUCUUUUCCGCAUAAGAUUGGUCUGUAUUCUGCUCGAGACUUGCGGUACCUACUUCAGUAGCGGAAGUAGCAAAAAGAGGCUCGACUACUAUCUCACGUUCCUCCAGGUUUAUUACUGGUUCAAAAAAUCCCAAUGGGGGGAAUCUUUCCCCCCGUUUCUGGACCACAUCUUCAAGGAGACCGUCCUCACGCUGAGACCGAAGUUGAAGCUGUGCAAGAGUUACGAGGACGCGCAGAAGGAAGUGGAAAAUAUCAGAGUUACCUUGGGCAUUGAGAAUCUGCUUUCAUCUGAAUCAAAAACGAACGAAGACGUAUUGGACACUAUAGCCGAAACCGAUAAUGAGGAUUUUGCCGAAGAAGAAGUUUCCGAAUCGGCUCCAGGUAGAUCAACCGACGAAACAGCAACGGAAGACGAAACAGUGGAUCACACCCAAGGUUCAGAUGAUGAAGGGGAUUUGCAGAGUGAAGCAGAUCCAGUGUCGGAGUCGCUCGCGAUACCUGCAGCUCCCAAAAAGGUCGAAUGUCCCGAAGAUGACGAGUUCCAGAAUGCGUUGGAUAAAAUGGUUUCGGAAAACAUUCAAGAAAGGAUGAGAGAACCCGUGAAGGCAAACAAUAUAGACAUAUCAGUCCCGGUGGUCAUGAAAACAAAUAUGAAGAAAAGUUACGAACAAUUACAGGAGCAUGGAGAAGGCGAUAACAAUAAGAUAGGUUUCGUUCUGAUGGUCAGAAAAGGGAACAAACAACAAUACAAGGCUUUCCAAGCGGAUAAGAACUCUGAAUUGGCCCAAAAUCUGAGAGAUCAGGAGAUAGCGCAAAAAGAAGAGAAAGAGAGAGUGAAACGUUUAACCUUAAAUAUAACUGAAAGACUAGAAGAAGAAGAUUAUCAAGAAUUAGUGCAACAACAAAAUAGACCAGUAACACAAAAUUACAAUAGGGAAAGAAAAAAGUACCAGCAUCCCAAGGGGGCUCCAGAUGCGGACUUGAUAUUUGGGCCGAAAAAAGUUAGGUAAUCAGAGUAUCUAGAGUGAUGAAGGAUAAAAAGGUGUGGAAGUUCCAAAUGACAAAGACGAAGAUGUCCAGACGAAGAAAUUUGUAGUCAAGAGUUCCAAGAUAACUUUGAGUUUGUUAUGAAGCCAGUCAGAUGUUGAGGUCAAAAGUAAUUUAUAUAAUUACAGUGAUUAUUUUGAGUUAAACUUUAGGAAUGAUGCGGAAGUUGAGUUGUAUUGAUGAUUUGUCACCAAUAGAAACUUUCCAGUAA